AUUGAGUGACAGGCCUGGUCCUGCAUGCAAUCCUUCACGACAACAUCAGUCGCGCACGGCGAUGCCGUAUCGACCUAGACAAAACAAACUACCCCUGUCGAUCUAGCUGAAAGAGAUGGCGUCCACAGAUGCGCUGCAGCUGCUCAGAUCCUCGAUUGCGGCCUCUAAAGCCCCAGUCCUCACCAAGACCUCAGAACCUGCCAGCGCCGAAGCAAAUCAAACAGAAUCGUUGGUCGAGGCGACGCACCUCUACUUUACACACCCUGUCCCACAAUGUCUCGCCUUAGAUACGAAGACGCGAUUCACGUCGCAGAAUCCCGACACCGAUCAGGUUGAUCUGCGUAGCAUCUUCUUUGCCUGGCAACAGAAGGAUGUGCCUGUGCCGGAGUACAUUGCCCGCGCCGCAGAGCUCGACAACCAAUUACCUGAAGGCCACAAAGUGCGAAACCUCAUUUUCGUCGAGCGUUUGGACUUGAUCACCUGGCUUGAAGGCGCGUCGGAAGAGUCGGAGUACAUCAAGCCUAUUGAGGGCGCAGCUGCCCUGGGAGAUGCGGUCAACAGGGCUGCGGAUGUCGCUGGCGGUGCGGCGGUGCCUACAGUCAGUGGCUCAGGAGUCGGCGUCACGCAGUCUGCUGGUGGAAGACCCGUUAAGGUGAUCGAUGCCAGGCUGCAGGCAAUCUACAACGGUGAACGACGGAUGGGCGAUCACAAUACAGUGUUGCGAGGGAUCAAGCCUACUGACUUCUCACACGUGCGCAAACACGCAGAAACCUUCCUGGGACGACGAAAAGGUGUCCCUUCAUCAUCUGCACGACCUGGGGGUCUUCCAGCGAAGCCAGCCCAACUCGCCGCUCGGCCUGCUGCAAACUCGUCCAAACCACUUGCCUCAGCCGUGUCCUCGAAACGAUCCGACCCGAUCAUCCUCCUUUCUCCGUCAGCAUCAUCUUUGCUCCGCAUGUCCAACAUCAAAACCUUUUUGGAUACUGGCCUUUAUGUACCGCCAGAUCAUCCCACACUAUCAACCCAAACCACAGCCAACCUCCUACACAUCACCCGCACAAUGCAUUCUCUCGGUGAAAAACCAUACCGUUUCAUUCUAGUCGACUCCCCUGAGCACUUCAAGCCCGACUACUGGUCCCGGGUCGUUGCUGUUUUUACGACCGGUCAGAUUUGGCAGUUCCGAGGCUACAAGUGGCGGGAGCCGCAGGAGUUAUUUGGCCACGUCCUUGGUAUUUAUGUUGGGGAGAAGGGCUUACCCAUCCCAGCCGAGGUCAAAGGGUGGGGAUCCAGCGUCAAAACGUUUGCUGUCGAGAGGUGGGACGAAAGAGCGCACGGGCAAAAUGUUGAGCAAGAAACGAGGAUGUCGAGACGAUGGAGGGAUCGAGAGACAGUUGAGGAAGUGUGGAGGUCAAUCGAGGGGUACAUGAGAGGCAGGGGAGAGUGGAAGCGGUGAUUCGCUGAGUGAGGUGCUGUUGGGGGCUUCGACGAUCGUUUGAUAAUCCCUCGGACAGUCCUCGACUUGGCUGAAGCGAAAUGCCUCCUUUGCAACAAUGUCGGUGGGACAUUGUUCCUUGGCGAUCAUCCAUGAUGGUGGUCGUCCUGUUGCGCGCACAAGCGGGCAUCUGAAAGAAAGACCCCUCGACACGCUACAGCCAAGCGGAAACAAGGGAUCGUUCGGACCAGCAAGGACCUAACUUCCCAUCGCCCCAUGGGGGCAUUGUCGUUGAACCAGAAAUACUUGCGACGAUCUUGAGAUCUUGCGCUCUUUCCAGCGCCGUGGGGGCUCUUUGAUCAUGGGUUAUUCCAGGAUGAGGAGGCCUUGAAUCGAAUGCAGUGGGCCUACGCCUACAGUAUGGUAAUGAUCAAUUCGUCCAAGAGGUCAAGGUGGUUGGUUCAUGAAACACACGAUGAGUGCAUGAGAGGGAAUGAAGUUCCACUAUGAGAGCGGCGACGAGGCACGCAGGGACAUUGCAGCACAGCGCAAGCACAUGUGUGUAUUUGGGAAGAGACACGCGAGAUUGAGAUUGACGCCGAUAUCACACAGACACACGGCGAGAUCGGUGUGGUGUGCUCCCCCUCGUGCUCACAGGCAGUGUGUACAGUACUAUCCUGACGCCGUUGCCUCUGAUCUAAUGCACCUGUUUUUUAUUUUUGUUUUUCUCUGCUUGGUCUCACCAAAUAACUUUGCUCAAGUCAAUUUCCUUUCCUGACCCUCCUUGCUUAUUUGACUGUCUUUUCUUGGGAAAUGGACAAGAGGGAACAGAGUGAGAGAGAGAGACACACACAAACAAAUACACGCUCAAAAGCUGAUGACUCGAAUUACAGAUUAUCAAGCGGAGGACACUGUGAGAACGCACUGUGAGAACCGCAUGUGAUACAAAGUGACCCUGGAGCUCUGGAGCACGCUUGGUUCUGUACCAGAUACCAGUGUGUCCUCACUAUCUACCAUCCUAGUGACGCCGUCCUGUCCUGUGUAAGGAUGACCUCUUCUCUACGACGUCGACGCCUCUCCGCAUCUACGAAAUGCGCUGCGACGGUCUUUAUGGAGCCUUUCAAAGUCCCUCCGGAGGUGAUUCCAAGUCUGGGUCUGAAGAAUCGUACAAAGGGCUCAACGACUCGUGAUAAUGGUCCUGCUCAUCGUCCGGAUCAUGGUCUUCUGGACAGUAGUCUGGAUCGAACAAGCGGCUCAGCUCCUUCCGCUCCUCGAGCGGUAACAAGUCAAAGGCCAGGCGGCCGCGAUGCUGGAUCUCGAGUUCAAGCUGGUCCAGAAGCUUCAGGCCAAUAUUCCGAGGCGUCCAGGGCGGAAGGGCCAUGGGGAGCCAAACUCCGUGGAAAGACGGUGGAGGUAGCCUGCGCCUGAAGUUCUGCAAGUCUCGGAUCGCAUAGAACACGGCCCUACAUCCCUGGCAGCAUCUCCUCGAGAGACCCAGGACCUCACGGCUGGCUCGGAGGCUGGUGAUGACUUGCGGCGGGACGGUGAUGUUGCGCGACCUGAGGCAUUGUGAUGUCUUCUCGGGACUAGGGACACCCCAGUUCCAGCCUCUGAAGGCCCCUGGGAGCGUGAGAGCUUGCAGUGUGAGCAGCGUGGUCUCACAGUGCACGGAGCCUUUGAAUUCCGCGGCAUCCAGAUCCGUGUGCCCGUUGUGUUCCAGCCACGCUAUCAAAGCUAUCCCAUGGGUCUUGAAAAGCCACUUCUCUUGCUCCAGCUCUUGUCGAACGUUACUCAUGUCGUGAGAACCUCGAUCCCAGGGCGCGGACCUGAACUGGAUCGUGUGGAUUUUGGCCUGAGGCACCAACUGCCUCAACGACUUCGACUUGCGCGUCCGAAAAGGUGCCCACACAUGGAUAUCUCGGGUGGCAGCUUGCUGGGCAACAAGGAGCUCGAGCCACUGGAGACAUGCACCGGGCCAGUUCCAUUUCAUCUUGAUUUCCUCCAGAGGUAUGACAUGCUCCCCCUCUAGAUAGGUGCCGGCCAUUCCAACCCUGUCCUUUGAGCUCUGGCAAGCGCCAUCCCUAAGCUUGCAUUCACCGGCUACCCACUUGAGUGUAAGGUGGAUCUCUUCUCGAAAGCGGUCGACAAAACGCCAGAGGAGGUGCACGGUGCCCUCUAGAGCACAAAUGGCAUCACCAAAUGCCGCUCUAUCAAAAGUCGAUUGCCCCCCUUUAGGUUGAUAUAGCUUAGCACAGUUCAGUGUAUCUCUGAGUCUUUUCAAAAGGCUAGAUAGAGCUCUGUAAAAGACGCGAGGUGUAUCAUACUCGAUCUUUCCAGACUGUCG